AUGGGAAGAUUUGCAGCUUGUAUUCUUGUUCUUUACGCCUUUACUGGCUUCACGGGAACGUCCGACGGGAGAAGCUGCCCGAGGCCCGCCGACCCCUGCUCAGCAGCGAACUACAUCCCGAUUAAAGACCCGCAUAGAAGCACAAAAUACAGAUACAAAAGACCGCAGCCCGCCUUGUGCGACUACCUCCUUCAGCCCGGAUGGUAUCGGUUCACUAGCAGUGUCGGCGGCGAGAUCCCGACCACUAAACCCGAGCCGAACAUGUGUGGAACCUUCGCGCCGAUAUGGAUGAGGGGGACCCACCCAGACACGAUUGGGGUAACCAAGGAAACUACCGCGUGCGUUAACGUCAAUAACAGGAACAACGGCUGCUUCCGUUCUAUUGACAUGUGCGUGGAGAUGUGCAGCGGAGGGUACUAUGUCUACUAUCUUCGACCUUCUUAUGGGUGCUCAAUGGCGUACUGCGCAGUUGACCUUGACCUUGGGGACCGGUUCUGGACCAGUUGA